AUGGCGGAACCACGGCAGACGCCGGUCAGCAUAGACUCGGUGCUCCAGGCCAUGGCCGAUGCUCUGCCCACGCAUCAGCCAAACGACGAAUCGUCCGACAUCGCAAGUUCCUACGAAGUCGUAGCGCUUCUCGCACAUGCGUACUUUGUCUCCCUCGACUUUCGGCUGUACGGCUUUAACGAAGACAAGUUGCUGGAGGAAUGCCAGACUCUGGCGCCUCGUCUCCCCCCGUACUGGAAUAAUGGAUUCGGCGCUCUUUCCUUUGUGUACAGGCACAAACAGUCGGCCAUGACCUUUGUCUUGCGCGUCGACCGCAUGGGCGCCAAGGUCGAGAUCCGGGCUCUCGCUGUCGGCGACGAGAAGAUCUACCGGGUCGAAUAUGAGACCCGAAAGGUCGUCAGGGCUAACAACCUGCCCUUUCGCAUUCCCCCCGACGGCCAGGGACAGGAAGACCGAAGCCAUCUCGCGGGGAUGCUGACGUCUCUAUUUGACUCGCUCGAAAUUAUCCAGAACAUAAUUCGGGACUUGAGGGUCGAUCUCGUGCAAAAGUUGAUCCCAAAGCUUCAGAAGGAGGGCUACGUCGAGUCACAGGAUGGCUCGGGAAAUAAGAUCCUUGGUGCAAAUGAACGAAGCACGCAAGAGGGCAUCGCAUCGCAACGUAUCCGCCCGGAAGACCGCGGAUACGGACUUCCUCCAUAUCCCAGCUCUACGACUCCUGACCGCCCUGGUGCGAUUCCACAGGCAUCACAGCCAUUCCGACCACAACAGCCGCCACACCCCUAUCCGCAUCCCGAUCUGCUGCCCAAUAAUGGCGCUCCUCGGCGUCCCAUACCUGGUGAUUUCCCCCCUCCUGGUUUCGAGGAUGAGCACGAAAUCCACGCUUCGCCACGAAAUAUGGCGGGGUCACAGGCGCCUCCUCUCUUCAACAUAGGACAUGACGAUCUCAACCCCCCCAGACUUGGCCCCCACGAUCCGCUCAGGCCAUCGUUGAGACCUCUGGCUUCGCCUCCGACCGGCGGCUUUUCAGGCAUGCAUCCCACCUUUGGCGAUCCGCUGUUUACGGGACAGGGUGGCUAUGGAGGCCAAUACUAUGCCCAAGGAUACAACUCCCAAAGGCCACCGGGAGCUAGGUACGAUCCGGUCGAUCCCAGCGAUGUGCCGAUGUACCCCUCGGAGCAGAGGUCUUCAUUUCCUGGGAGAAGAGGCGGCAACAACGGAGGCUUUGGUCCUGGUCCAGGAGGCUUUGGUUCUGGUUCGGGAGGUUAUGGUUCGGGUGAUUUUAUCUAA